AUGGCUGAGGGAGAGGUAGGAUUGCAUAGUGAAUGUGGCUUGAGAAGGCGCCGAGCAGUUGCGCCGGUCAGAAUCGGCAAAGACUACACAGUAAUCUCGCACUUGGUGAAGACAUCUCGAUUUACGGAAAAGGAGGAGGGUGCUGACUACCGAUUGAAGACAAGAUUGACCUCAUCCAUGGCCCUCUGCCUGUGGACUGGUGAUCAUUUCAAGCAGCUUCAGCUUUGUGAGGAUGACGUUGACCAGGAUGAAACCACUAUCAUCUCCGGCCAGAUGUUUGUCAUUGCUCACCAGAUAUUGGCUCAUACUCAUCUUGCCCCUUCCACACUUGCUGUUGUGCCCAAUAGCCUUGUCAAUCCCAACGGCUACCUCUUGGGAGUCUUCCUUUCUAGUCUUGAGAAGCGCUUAAAUCUUAAUAGAGCGACAGCGUAG